UACGCGGAUUCCUUCCAUGUAUCAAGCUUUACGCUUCGAUAAAUUAGGUUGCGGCAUGAACAACGAAAAGAUGCAGACAGAAUACUUCAUGGAUAAUCCAGUUCACCUUACCUACGACCUAGUCAUCGGACUAGCCGAGUUUUUACCGCAUGUUGGCAUCACCACCAAUUCUCCAGACGCAUACCUCGCCAAAUUCGUAUCCGAGUUCAUUCGAGGCUGGAAAAUCCAACUUGCAAGGAAGACCGAGGCCGACUGGAACAAAUUUGCCGGGAUCUUUGCAACUGUGCUGAAUCACCACUGCAACACAGGACCUCCAAAUGCCCUCCAAUAUGCCCACAACGCUCAAGCUUUCUUGACUGGAUUGCAACAUGGCAUGGGCGAAAUGAACUGGCACCUCGACACAAAUAAGAAAAAUAAGAUGCUACGCAAAAUAGCCCGUUUGGGCAUGACCUGUUCCAUCUUACUGGUCGAUGAGGUCGAAAUCCCAAUCGGUCAGGCAGAUAUCUCGGAUGAAAAUCAAAACGUCGAGGCACUUUGUGCAGACGGAGCGGAUGGAGAUGAAGAAGAAGACGGUUCCAUCUCUGAGAUUAACACCUCUGCAGAUGCAGUAUCAGAUGAGACUACUGGCACUAACGAUGCUACAGUAGCCAGCAGCAUCGAAAACAUCGAUAACGAUCUUGAGCGCCACGAGAACGCAGCAAACUCAACAAACACCUCAAGACACCCCCAACGCACCCCAGCAACCCCACAAUCCCAACCCUUCCAACACCGUCGCGCCGAUCGUAACAGCAAACCCCCAACCAUGAAUGUAGAAUCCAGCGACGACAGCGAUCAAGAAUUCCACACUCCAAGGCCCACAAGCAGUCCUCUCUGGAACGACAAGAAUACGUUCUUCGUAGAUGGCUUAGGGGCAGAGCGCGAGAUCUUUGAGAUAAGCGAUGAUGAAGAGGAAGAGGAAGAGGAAGAAGAUGGUGGUUUUGAAAUGUAGAGGGAGAGUGAGAUGUAUGGUGGUGGAUUUGUUGUUGAUGAGUAGAUAUUCGUAGAUCGUAUGCAUGUAUGGUAUAUACACUGAAUUCAGGUGUCUCAACACGCGUCAAGACCACUGUGUAUCGAGAAUGGCUAGCUGAGAAGGGCGUUUCGGGAGACGUAUACGCUAUCCGAAGUCACAGGCA